AUGGCUGGUCCAUCUCAUCUAAAAUCUCCCUACUCAUUUUAUGUUUUCUCUUUGAAAUUUCCAUCUUCUAGUUCGUCUACUUCUUCUAUUGCUUUGAGAUCCAUCAAACUCAAAAGCCUUGUUCACUCAUUCAUCUCGUCACACUUGAGGCGUAUCAAUCGUGCUGCCACCAAAGCCAAAUCCAUACUCAUUGAGCUUAUGAAAGAAAUCCAACUCACAGUACUCUUUAAAGAAUCCUCAAAGAGCCAAAACAACAAAAACAAGCUUUCUUUCAGUUCUUUCAGAAGACAGAACAGCUGGUGCACAUCUUCUCACGUGUUACCGGUACCCUCAAUCACUAGUCAAUUGUAUCAUGAUGCUACAUGGAAUUCUAUAAUAUCGCCAGGGUGCAAGGAGAUAGAAGCAUCACAGCUAUCCGGGUACCUCCAAUGGCUUGAGCACAAGGUUGAGGAUGAGUCGAAAGUCGAAGAUAUGAAUGAGAUAGAUAAGCUUGCUGAUAAGUUCAUUGCAAACUGCCAUGAGAAGUUCCUGCUGGAGAAACAAGAAUCAUAUAGGAUGUUCCAAGAAAUGAUGGCCAGAAGCUUGUGA